AUGGCCAAGUCCAAGACCAAGCAGAGCAAGAAGGCUCAGCCUUCUGAGCCCAUCGCCGCUGUCAAGAAGGCCGGCGUUACCAAGCCUGCGCAGACUCCCAAGUCCAAGUCCAAGGAGAUGGCCAAGUCUGCCGCCAAGAAGCUGGUGAAGGAAACCAAGAAGAAGGCUGCCAAGGCCGAGUCUUCGGACGAUUCUUCUGAGGAGGACUCCUCUGACUCGGACUCUGAGGAGGUCAAGAAGCCGGCUGCCAAGGCCAACGGCAAGGUCAAGGCUGAGUCCUCCGACUCUGAGUCUGACAGUGACUCUGAUGAGGCCGAGACCAAGGCCAAGACCAACGGCGCCAAGGUCAACGGCUCUGCCAAGGCCGCUGCUGCUGCCACCGCUGCCUCGUCCGAUUCUUCUGACUCCGACUCUGACGAAGAGAGCGAUGACAAGAAGCCUAGUGCUGUCAAGGCUGCUGAUUCCGAUGAUUCUGAGGACGAUUCGGAUGACAGCGACGACUCUGAGGAUGACUCUGACGGUUCUUCAUCUGAGAGCGCGGAGGCUGCACCUGCCUCCAAGAAGCGCAAGGCUGACAGCGAGAUCGAUGCCACGCCGAAGAAGGCCAAGACUGAGAAUGCCGAAGCCGCAUCAACGCUGUUCGUUGGCAGCCUGAGCUGGGGCACCGACGACAGUGCCCUGUGGGAGGCCUUCAAGGACUUCGAGGGCCUCGUUAACGCCCGCGUCGUCACCGACAAGAUGUCCGGCAAGAGCCGUGGCUUUGGAUACGUUGACUUUUCCGACUCGGAUGCCGCCUCCAAAGCCUACGAGGCCAUGCAGGGGCACGAGCUCGACGGUCGCACGCUGAACCUGGACUACGCCAACGCGCGUUCUACCGACGCAAACCCUCGGGACCGGGCUGCCGAUCGGGCCAAGAAGCACGGCGACUCAAUCAGCCCGGAGAGCGACACUCUUUUUGUCGGAAACUUGCCCUUCGGUGUUGACCAGGACUCUGUUCGCGAGUUCUUUGCUGCGUCACGCGAGGUCGCAAGCGUUCGCCUGCCGACUGACCCUGAGACCGGAAACCUCAAGGGCUUCGGCUACGUGAGCUUCAACUCUGUUGAGGAUGCCAAGGGCGCACUGCAGGAGCUCAACGGGGCUUCUAUUGGAGAGGGUCGAUCAGCUCGCAGUGUUCGUCUGGACUAUGCCAGCAGCCGUCCGCCGCCACGUGAAGGAGGUGGCUUCGGUGGCGGCCGUGGCGGUGGCCGCGGCUUCGGUGGCGGUCGUGGUGGCGGCCGUGGACGUGGAGGAGACCGUGGACGUGGCCGCGGCCGUGGCGGUGGUCGUGGCGGCCCCCGAGGAGGCGCGGGCUACUCGGGCACCAAGAUUUCCUUCGAUUAG